AAAAAAUGUCUGUUGCAGAGCUGAAAGAGAAGCACGCGGCGGCGACAGAGACUGUGAAUAAUCUGAGAGAACGAUUAAAGCAGAGACGCCAGCAGUUGCUCGACACUGAUGUUGCCGGAUAUGCAAGAUCUCAAGGAAAAAGUCCACUCACUUUUGGCCCAACCGAUCUACUUUGUUGCAGAACCUUGCAAGGUCACACCGGCAAGGUAUACUCUUUGGAUUGGACUCCGGAAAGGAACCGAAUCGUUAGCGCUUCUCAAGAUGGACGCUUGAUUGUGUGGAACGCCCUAACAAGCCAGAAAACACAUGCCAUAAAGCUGCCUUGUGCAUGGGUCAUGACGUGUGCUUUUUCUCCAGCCGGUCAGUCGGUUGCCUGUGGGGGUCUCGAUAGUAUGUGCUCUAUUUUCAACUUGAAUUCUCAGACCGACAGGGAUGGAAACCUACCUGUAUCGAAAACCCUUAGUGGGCAUAAGGGUUAUGUCUCAUGCUGUCAGUAUGUUCCUGAUGAAGACAUUCAUAUUAUUACCAGUUCGGGUGAUCAGACUUGUGUUCUAUGGGAUAUUACGACUGGCCUCCGUACUUCUGUUUUUGGGGGAGAAUUUCAAUCAGGACAUACUGCUGAUGUGCUAAGUGUCUCGAUUAAUGGAUCAAACUCAAGAAUGUUUGUCUCUGGUUCAUGUGAUGCAACUGCCCGAUUGUGGGAUUCACGCGUGGCAAGUCGAGCGGUGCGUACGUUUCAUGGUCACGAGGGUGAUGUUAACACCGUGAAAUUCUUUCCAGAUGGCAAUAGAUUUGGAACAGGAUCGGAUGACGGAACUUGCAGGUUGUUUGACAUAAGAACUGGUCACCAAUUGCAAGUAUACUAUCAACAGCAUGGUGAUAACGAGGUUCCACAUGUGACCUCCAUUGCAUUCUCCAUUUCUGGAAGACUUCUCUUUGCUGGAUACUCAAAUGGGGAUUGCUAUGUAUGGGACACAUUAUUGGCUAAGGUUGUUUUGAAUCUGGGAUCCGUCCAGAACUCGCACGAGGGACGGAUUACCUGUUUGGGUUUAUCGGCCGAUGGUAGUGCCUUAUGUACAGGAAGUUCGGAUACAAAUCUCAAGAUUUGGGCAUUUGGAGGGCAUAGGAGGGUGAUUUGAUUUGUAAGACGGGAAACCGAUUCGAUAUUGCCGAGUACUCUCCGUCUCAGGUUCACCCUACUUGCAGUAUCCUACAUGAAUCCUAAUCCUUUGUAUUUCAGUCAUGUCCAUGGUUUAGGAACCCCUAAUCUUUGUACUGUUGCUUGUAAACAAACUUCCAUGUCUAAAACCCCAAUUUGAUUAGCGCAUAGAGAGAGAUUUUGGA